AUGUUCCAGAAUACACUCGCCCUUCUCCUUCAAUUCUUCUUCUUCGCUUUGGCAUUUGCUCAACCUAUUGAGACUGCUGGACAUGGCAAUGCAUGGAAAUACGGUUCCGGUGGUGGAGUUAUUGGAUUUAUCGUCUUGAUUCUCGAUAUCAUCGUCUUCAUCGAGGUCCUCAAAUCCAACCGUCCUCCUUCCCACAAACUCCUCUGGUGCUUGGUCGUCUUCCUCUUCCCUAUUCUCGGUUUGGUCAUCUACUGGUUGUUCUCGAACAGACAAGCACACAACUCUGGCAGUGGUUCGUACGAAGCCAUUCCAUAA